CCGGGGGGUGUGGCCGGUUUGUUGACAACAAACGCAUAAGGAAGUCUCACAUGACCAUGUCCUCCCCAGAGAUCGCCUCUCUCUCCUGGGGCCACAUGAAGGUGAAGGGAUGCUCCUCCAGCUACAAGGACUGUAAAGUCUGGCCUGGAGGCAGCCGGGCCUGGGACUGGAGAGAGACUGGGACUGAUCAUUACCCAGGAGUACAACCUGCUGAUGUGGAGGAGGUGCUGAAGAAGGGAAUAGACUUGCUGGUGAUCGGUAGAGGCAUGAGUGAAGCGCUGCAGGUUCCCUCCUCCACUCUGGACUUUGUGAAGCAGAAAGGUGUGGACGUCAGAGUCCUGCAGACGGAGAAGGCCGUCGCUGAAUACAACAGGCUGGCUGUCCAGGGCGCCAAGGUGGGCGGGGUCUUCCACUCCACUUGUUAAUGAUGUCACUCGUCUUGCUGCACCAACUGAAAUGACCCCCAGAAGAUGGGGGCAGCCUGUCGUGCGCCAUGGCCGACAGUCGCAGUUUUGCCAAAAUGUAUAGCUGGCUUCCUCUUCUGGUCCUCAGCUCCUCUCAGCGUGGCUACAGACAGACACUGAUUUAGGCUUAAACUGAAACAUCUUCAUUAGAACAUUGCUCAUUCUGGUUUCAGCCCAGGUUGUGUUUGCUGAACUGUAGAAGAGAAAUGGCAACUUCACUACAAAUCAGUGAACUCAGAGAAAAACACAGGUGGCGUUUGUAUAUUUGAGUCGAGAUGAAGAGAUCGCAUCUGUUUAAUUGAACUGUUUUCCGAAAUUCAGUUUUGACAUUUCUAUAAUUUGUUGGUUAAAGUACAAUUUUCAAAAGGUGAAAAUGUAUUUCUGCUUGUUUGCUACAGAAAAUAAAAUUAUCAUUAUUAUGGAUCAUUUCCAUCA